AUGCUCAUUCACAGUGGUGAGCGCCCCCAUGAGUGCAGUAUAUGCAAGAAGACAUUCAUACAAAUGGGGAAUCUGACAAGACACAUGCCCAUUCACAGUGCCGAGCGUCCCUAUGAAUGCAAUGAAUGCAAUAAGACAUUCAAACAAUUAAGGGAUCUGGAAUCUCACAUGCUCAUUCACAGCGGUACGGGCUCCCAUGAGUGCAAUGUAUGCAAGAAGACAUUCACACAUUUAGGUGCACUGAAAAGACACAUGCUCAAUCACGGUGAUGAGUGGCCUCAUAAGUGUAUUAUAUGCAAUAAGGCAUUCAUACAAACAAGUCAUCUGAAAACUCACAUGCUCAUUCACAGUGGUCAGCGUUCCUAUGAGUGCAGUAUAUGCAAUAAGACAUUCAUAACUAUAAAUAAUCUAAAAAGACACAUGCUCAUCCACAGUGGUCAGCGUUCCCAUAAAUGCAGUAUAUGCAAGAAGACAUUCAUACAAUCGGGGACACUAAAAAGACACAUGCUCAUACACAGUGGUGAGCGUCCCCAUGAAUGCAAUCAAUGCAAGAAGACAUUUAUACAAUCAAACGAUCUGAAAAGACACAUGCUCGUUCACAGUGGUGAAGCGCCCCCAUGAGUGCAAUAUUUGCAAAAGGACAUUUACAUGUUCAAGGCAUCUGAAUAGGCACAUGCUCAUUCACACUGGUGAGCACCCCUGUAAGUGCAAUAAAUGCAAUGAGACAUUCGCACAUUUAAGUAGUCUGAAGAAGCACAUGCUGAUUCAUAACAGAGAGCAUCCUUAUAAAUGUUAAAUAUGCAGUAAGACAUUCACACAAUUAUGAAGCUUCAAAGGGCACAUGCUUAUUCAUAAAGGAGAACGUUGCAAAUGUGAAAUAUGCAAUAAGGAAUUUAAUCAAACAGG